UAAUGUAUAUAUGUUUCAGAGACGGGUGAGAUUUUACCCCUCAGAGGUUCGGAAAGAUCUGAAGCUGGUGGAAGAAGUAUAGAGAAGUACUGAUCGGGGGGGAAACAGCCCUACAGACAAACAGAUACAGACAUGAUCCCUUAUUCUCCCUGAGGAACUGACCAAUCAGCAGUCAGGAUGAUGCCCAAGCAGCAGCUGGCUCAGACGUCUCCAGGGAGCGUGCUGUCGCUGAGAGGGUCCAGCGUCCCAGGAUCCCCGGCUGCAGCCAUCGUGGCCAGAGUGGAGGACGGGGUGAUCGGCUAUAAGGACUUGGCUGCGUUACCGAGAGACAAAGCCAUCCUGGAUAUAGAGAGACCGGAUCUGAUGAUCUACCAGCCGCACUACAGCUACAGCCCACUGGAG